AUGGCUCUACAACAUGCCGUAUCUACCGUUGACAACCACCAGCAAACAGUAACUUCCACUUUCCUGAUUCCUAAUCUUCACUGCCCUACUUGCGUGACCACUGUCGCUUCAUCACUGGCCCUACUUCAUCCCAAUCCUUUGGACAUAUCUACUUCUAUCCUUGCACAUUCUGUCACCGUCCGCCACGAUCCGCAUUUAUCGGUGUCGACAAUUACGAAGGCACUAGAGGAUGAGGCUUUCGAAGUCUAUAGCAUGGGGCAGAACGUGAGUGAGGAUCAUGACAUAGCCGAUCUCGACCUGGAGAAGGGGUAUGGGCCUCGAGGGACGGGAAGCAGUGCGGCGCUUAGGCGGUGGUCGUUCAGCCAGAUAACGGCCACAAACAAGAGCGAGAGAGAGAUACGGAGACAUGUUGAGCGGUGCGGGCAGUGCCAAGCUGAAAAGAGGGAGAUGGAGGAGAAUAGGCAGGCUCCUCUCCUACCCGACGACUCGAAGGUCGAAAAUGCUCGAGGAGUAGAGCCCAGGAAGGAAGCAGCUAGGCCCAGCCUGGGUGGCGACUCUGCGGCUGCAGCUAUUCCUGUGGUUGUGACCGACUCUUCGUCUCCCGCGCCGAGUCUUCUCUAA